GUCUCAUGGAGGGAAGCAGCGGAGGCAGGUCUUACUCCCCGAGCCCCACCAUCUUGGUGAUCGGCGGCGGCAUCGCGGGGCUCGGGGCAGCGCAGCGGCUCUGUCGGCACCACUGCUUCCGGAACCUGCGGCUUCUGGAGGCUACUGACCGCUGCGGGGGCCGCAUCCGCUCGGAGUCAGCCUUCGGUGGUGUGGUUGAGAUUGGGGCACACUGGAUUCAUGGGCCCUCCAAGCAAAACCCGGUCUUCCAGUUGGCUUUAGAGUAUGGCCUGUUGGGUGAGAAAGAGAUGUCGGAGGAAAAUCAGCUUAUUGAAGUCGGUGGCCACCCCGGGCUGCCCUCGGUGUCCUUCUCCAGCUCUGGCAAAGAUGUGAAUCUCAAGUUGGUAGAAGAUGUAGCUCAUCUGUUUUAUACCCUGUUAGACCAGACCCGGGAGUUCCUCCAUAUGACAGAGACUCCUGUUGCCAGCGUGGGGGAAUUCCUGAAGGAGUCGAUCAAUAGGCACAUGUCUGAGUGGACGGAAGAUGAAGAAACAAAGAAUCUUAAACUGUCCAUCCUGAACACUUUCUUCAACCUAGAGUGCUGCGUGAGUGGGAGCCACAGUAUGGAUUUGGUUGCCUUAGGACCCUUUGGGGAAUACGCCACGUUGCCUGGGCUAGAUUGUACCUUUACUGAGGGGUACGAAGGCCUCACAAACUGCAUGAUGACUUCUUUGCCAAAAAAUGUUAUACUGUUUAACAAACCAGUGAAGACCAUUCACUGGAAUGGCUCCUUCAGAGCUGAACAUUCUCCAAAGGAGAGAUUUCCAGUACAAGUGGAAUGUGAAGAUGGACAGACAUUCCCAGCACAUCAUGUUAUAGUCACUGUCCCUUUAGGUUUUCUCAAAGAGAAAAUGGCUACCUUUUUCAGCCCACAACUACCCCGUAGGAAAACAGAAGUGAUCAGGAGACUGGGCUUUGGAACCAAUAAUAAAAUAUUCCUGGAGUUUGAAGAACCUUUCUGGGAGCCGGACUGCCAGCAAAUCCAGGUGGUGUGGGAGGACACAUCGCCCUUCAAUGAUGUCAGGGCUGAGCUACAGGACAUAUGGUUCCAAAAGCUUGUUGGCUUUAUAGUCCUGCCCCCCAAGGAGUCUACCCACGUUCUCUGUGGAUUCAUUGCUGGAAACGAGUCAGAAUUUAUGGAAACUCUUUCUGAUGAGGAAGUGCGUUCUUCUCUGACCCAAGUCUUAAGGAGAAUAACAGUUGCAGGUGCUCUUCGCGGGGGAAGCCACCCAUCGCACCUUCUACUCCACCACGCACGGCGCUCUGCUGUCAGGGUGGAGGGAAGCCGACCGCCUCAUCGGCCUCUACGACCUGGAGGCCCAGCAGCACAAGUUCAAGCUCUGAGCCCUCCUCCUGAGCUCUGCCUUUCGCCGGCCCUUCCUCUCCGAUGGCUUAAUGACUGUCUAGUUAUGGGCCACCGUUUCCUCCAGCACCUACUUUUCAGUCCAGCUCAGGCUGUCUUUGGGAAGUUUGAGAGUCAUUUUCCAGUUCUUUGUUCCUUGGUACCUUUUAUUUCCUGAAGCCGUCGCCCUGCCCUGCUCUGCUCAGACUCCCUGAAGAGCCAGCCCAGGGCCCUGCCUGAACAACAAGAGCUAAGUGUUCCCGGUGAUUCCGAACACAGCUAUGACGAAUAGUAUUAACCAAAAUAAAGUGUUUCAAAAACCC